AUGGGUGACUACCACACUGAAAGCACAACAUCAACCACAACGGUCAAUGAUCUGAACACGACAAAUGGCCAGAAUGGCGCUGCACCAGAGAGCCUGUCAAAGAAGGCCCUCAUCGAUAGGACAGUCGACGCACUUCUUACACCCCCGAAGUCGGUCUACUCAGACAUCACCUUGGAACUGCCAGACAGAUACAUAGACGAGCCGCGAUCACUCCGUGUCGCCGUCGUCGGCGCAGGACUGUCCGGUGUGCUAGCAGGCAUUCUCCUCCCUGCAAAGGUCCCGAAUAUCCAGCUCACAAUCUUCGAAAAGAAUGCCGACGUGGGAGGCACAUGGUUCGAGAACAUCUACCCAGGCGUCCGCUGCGACGUGCCCGCACACGUCUACCAGUCGACCUUCGACCCCAACACGCAAUGGACCGAGGAAUUCGCCCAGGGCCCGGAGAUCCGAGACUACUGGCAGGGCCUCGCGCGCAAGUACGACGUGUACAAGCACCUGCAGCUCGCGCAGCGCGUGGAGGGCCUCAACUGGGUAGACUCCCGCGCCGUCUGGCAGAUCACGGUGCGCGACCUCAAGACGGACUCGAUCCGCAUCGAAGAAGCCGAGUUCGUCCUCACCGCGAUCGGGAGGUUCAACGAGUGGAAACUGCCGAACUACCCCGGGAUCCACGACUACAAGGGCGUCCUGCGGCACGCCUCGAACUGGGAUCCCAGCUUCGACCCCAGGGACAAGAAGGUCGCCGUCAUCGGCAACGGCGCGAGCGGCAUCCAGCUCACAUCGAACCUGCACAAGGUCGUCGCGCGACUGGACCACUACGCGCGAAACAAGACCUGGGUCACGGCCUCCUUCGCGGGCGACGAGACCUCCAUCGAGCCGAUCCCGAUCUCGGAAGAGCUGCGCGCGAAAUUCCUCAAGGACCCGGAGGCGUACCUCGCGUACCGCAAGGAGAUGGAGAGCAAGUACUUCCGGCACUUCAACGGCUGGCUGAAGGGGUCGUCUGAGAACGAGGAGGCCCGCGAGAAGUUCCGCAAGUUCAUGAACGACCGCCUCACCAAGAAGCCGGAGCUCGUCGACGCCCUCAUUCCUGACUUCAGCCCGCACUGUCGCAGACUUACCCCGGGACCGGGCUACUUCGAGGCCAUCACGUCCGAGAAGACGGAGUACAUCCAGACGCGCAUCCGGCGGUUCACGGAGACGGGUAUCGAGACCGAGGACGGACGGCACCGCGCGGUGGACGCCGUGUUCUGUGCGACCGGUGCGAACGUCGAUAUGGUCCCGCCGUUCCCCAUUACGGCGCGCGGCGAGGACCUGACGAAGCAGUGGCGCGAGGGAGGCAAGUACGGGUAUCCAUACACGUAUCUCGGCUCCGCGACGCCGGGUUUCCCGAACCUGUUGUUCAUCCACGGGCCUAAUGGGUCUGGACGCUCCGGAACGGUGCCGCACAAUGUCGAGAACCAGAUCACGUACUUCGCGCGGAUACUGCGCAAGGCCAGCCGCGAGGGCAUCAAGAGCGUGCAGCCGUCCAAGAGGGCGGCGGAUUGGUUCACGGAGUACUCCGACGCGUUCUUCGCUACGACUGUGCUUUCGGAGAACUGCAGCUCGUGGUACAACAGCGGCAAGCCUGGAUCUCGUGUUCAUGGCCUCUGGCCCGGGUCGGCUUCGCUGGCGACCAUUGUGCAGAGGGAGCCGAGGUGGGAGGACUUUGAGUAUGAGUACCUCGGAGAUGCAGAGAACCCUUUCUUGUGGUACUUUGGCAAGGGGUGUACGAGAAAGGAGUUGGACCCUGAGGCGGAUGUCACGCCGUACUUAAAGCCUUAUGUUGUUGACCCGAAGGAUGUGCAUGAGAGUUGGCAUACUGUCCCAUAG